UUUGACAGGAGCUUUGACCUGUGUCGAGGAGACCGCAAGCCCGGUGCUGAAGAAGUACAAGUAUAUUUUCACAAUGAAAACAAAGGUAUAGAUAUCUGUUUCUGAAGUAGAGACAGAGAGCUUUUACCAGACCGGACAGGAAGACCAUUAGUGCAUAUGAAACUCAAAAAUGCCUAAUUUCAUCGCUCUUGCUGGACUGGUGGACAUGCAACGGAACUAAUGGGACACACGGGCUUAAAAUAAAUCCUUUUUGGUGAAUGACACUUUAUCGGAAAGCCUACGUGAUAGCGACAGAGAGACACACACGGAAGUGCGGACAUGGCUGACAGAACUGCUCCCAACUGCCACCUGAGACUGGAAUGGGUGUACGGAUACCGGGGACAUCAGUGCCGCAACAACCUGUACUAUACCGCCGCCAAGGAAAUAGUCUAUUUUGUCGCCGGUGUGGGAGUUGUGUACAACACCCGGGAGCACAAGCAGAAAUUUUACCUGGGACACAACGACGACAUAAUCAGUUUAGCUUUGCAUCCAGAGCGUGUGUUGGUGGCCACAGGACAGGUGGGCAAGGAGCCUUACAUCUGUGUGUGGGACUCCUACACCGUGCAGACUGUGUCCAUCCUCAAAGACGUGCACACACAUGGCAUCGCCUGUCUGGCCUUCGACCUCGAGGGACAGUGUUUGGUGUCUGUGGGCUUGGACUCUAAAAACACAAUCUGUGUGUGGGAUUGGAGGAGAGGGAAGGUUCUGGCAGCCGCUCCUGGUCAUACAGACAGGAUAUUUGACAUAUCAUGGGAUUUGUACCAGCCGAGCAAGCUCGUAAGCUGUGGUGUCAAACAUAUCAAGUUUUGGAGCUUAUGCGGUAAUGCUCUCACACCAAAACGUGGUGUUUUUGGCAAAACGGGGGAUCUCCAAACCAUACUCUGUCUUGCCUGUGCAAAGGAUGAGGUCACAUAUUCUGGUGCCUUGAAUGGUGACAUCUAUGUGUGGAAAGGGAUCAAUCUAAUGAGGACUGUGCAGGGGGCUCAUGGGUCAGGGAUUUUCAGCAUGAAUGCCUGUGAAGAGGGCUUUGCCACCGGGGGCCGAGACGGCUGUGUCCGGCUGUGGGAUCUCAACUUCAAACCAAUUACUGUCAUUGAUCUCAGGGAAACAGACCAAGGGUAUAAAGUAGCUAGAGGUGAAAAUAGCCGAGGGUUGUCUGUGCGCAGCGUGUGCUGGCGAGGAGAUCACAUCCUUGUUGGUACGCAGGACAGCGAGAUCUUCGAGGUGGUGGUUCAUGAUCGGAACAAGCCCUUCCUCAUCAUGCAGGGUCACUGUGAGGGCGAGCUUUGGGCUCUGGCUGUGCACCCGACCAAACCCUUAGCCAUGACAGGAAGUGACGACCGCUCAGUCAGGAUAUGGAGCCUUGUAGAUCAUGCUCUAAUAGCUCGCUGUAACAUGGAGGAACCUAUCCGCUGUGCAGCUGUGAGCACUGACGGCAUUCAUUUGGCUCUGGGAAUGAAAGAUGGCUCCUUCACUGUUCUCAGAGUUAGAGAUAUGACAGAAGUGGUGCACAUCAAGGACAGGAAGGAGGCCAUCCAUGAGCUUAAGUAUUCCCCUGAUGGAGCCCACUUGGCUGUUGGCUCCAAUGAUAACUCAGUGGAUAUCUACGGUGUGGUGCAGAGGUACAAGAAGGUGGGCGAGUGCAUUGGUUCCAGCAGUUUCAUUACUCACAUGGAUUGGUCCACAGACAGUAAAUAUCUGCAGACGAAUGAUGGCAGUGGCAGGAGGCUUUUCUACAGGAUGCCAAGUGGGAAGGAGGUCACCAACAGGGAGGAGCUGAAGCUGGUGCAGUGGGCGUCAUGGACAUGUGUGUUGGGCCCUGAAGUCAAUGGAAUUUGGCCCAAGUAUUCAGAUAUCAAUGACAUCAACUCUGUGGAUGCCAACUUUAGUAAUCAAGUCUUAGUAACAGCUGACGACUAUGGAUUAGUCAAACUUUUACGAUACCCAUGUAUAAAAAAAGGUGCAAAAUUUAAAAAGUAUUUAGGUCAUUCAGCUCACAUUACCAAUGCCAGAUGGUCACAUGAUUACCAAUGGGUCAUCACUAUUGGUGGAGCAGAUCACUCAGUGUUCCAGUGGAAAUUUGUCCCUGAGAGAAAGUCUAAAGAGGCUCUGCAUAUAGUGCCACAAGAGACCUUGGCAGACUCUAACAGUGAGGAGUCAGACUCCGAUCAGUCAGACGUACCUGAGAUGGACUCAGAAAUCGAGCAGGAGACACAGCUCACAUAUCGAAGACAGGUUUAUAAAGAAGAUCUACCUCAGCUCAAAGAGCAGUCCAAAGAAAAGCAUCGAGCAUUGGCCAUGAAAAAAAGAGAGAGAGCACCGGGGAGUGGGGUGAAGCUGCACUUUAUUCAUGGCUACAGAGGCUAUGAUUGCAGAAGUAACUUGUUUUACACUCAGACUGGGGAGAUAGUUUACCAUGUGGCUGCUGUUGGAGUGGUGUACAACAGGCAACAGAAUACCCAACGCUUCUACAUGGGCCAUAAUGAUGACAUCCUGUGUCUGGCUAUUCACCCCCUCAAGGACUUUGUAGCAACAGGACAGGUUGGCAGAGAUUCCUCAAUCCACAUAUGGGACACGGAAACAUUAAAACCUAUGUCAGUGUUAAGGGGUUUCCACCAGCUUGGAGUUUGUGCUUUGGACUUUUCAGCGGAUGGCAAACGACUGGCCUCGGUGGGGCUGGAUGACAAUCACACCAUUGUGCUGUGGGACUGGAGAAAAGGGGAGAAGCUCUCUGCCAUGAGGGGAAGCAAGGACAAGAUUUUUGUUGUCAAAAUAAAUCCCUACCUGCCUGACAAACUCAUCACAGCUGGUGUGAAGCAUAUGAAGUUCUGGCAUAAAGCUGGUGGUGGUCUAAUUGGGCGCAAGGGGAACAUGGGAAAGACAGAGACGAUGAUGUGUGCUGUAUACGGGUGGUCAGAGGAGAUGGUGUUUUCGGGAACAUGCACCGGGGACAUUUGCAUCUGGAGAGACAUGUUUCUGAUGAAGACUGUCAAGGCUCACGAUGGCCCUGUUUUCAGUAUGCAUGCGCUAGAAAAGGGAUUUGUGACAGGAGGAAAGGAUGGUAUAGUUGCUUUGUGGGAUGACACAUUUGAGAGAUGCCUCAAGACGUAUGCCAUCAAAAGGGCAGUCCUGGCUCCAGGCUCCAAAGGGUUGCUCUUGGAGGACAACCCCUCCAUACGUGCCAUAUCUCUGGGCCAUGGCCACAUCCUGGUGGGAACUAAGAACGGUGAGAUUCUGGAGGUGGACAAGAGUGGACCCAUCACACUGCUUGUCCAGGGUCACAUGGAAGGUGAAGUGUGGGGUCUGGCCACUCAUCCUCAUCUCCCACUCUGUGCCACCGUCAGCGAUGACAAAACUCUUCGCAUAUGGGAUCUCUCGCCUAGCCAUUGCAUGCUGGCUGUACGCAAGCUCAGGAAAGGGGGCCGUUGCUGUUGCUUCUCCCCCGACGGAAAAGCCUUGGCGGUGGGUCUGAAUGACGGCAGCUUCCUUAUUGUGAACGCAGACACCCUGGAGGACCUAGUAUCCUUCCAUCACCGCAAGGACAUUAUCUCUGAUAUCAGAUUCUCUCCAGGAGCUGGAAAGUAUCUUGCAGUAGCAUCAGGAGACACUUUUGUGGAUAUUUACAAUGUGAUGAGCAGUAAACGGGUUGGAGUUUGCAAAGGAUGCCUCAACUACAUCACCCAUCUGGACUGGGAUAAAAGAGGAAAACUACUCCAAGUCAACACAGGUGCUAAGGAGCAGUUUUUUUUCGAGGCUCCUCGUGGCAAGAGGCAGACGAUCCCAGCGACAGAGGUGGAGAAGAUUGACUGGAGUACAUGGACAUGUGUCCUGGGAACGUCUGUUGAGGGUGUUUGGCCUGUGAUCAGUGAGGUCACUGAGGUGACCUCCGCCUGCCUUAGCAACGACCGGAAGGUGCUCGCAACAGGAGAUGACCUAGGAUACGUCAAACUCUUCAGAUACCCUGUCAAGGGGAAGUAUGCAAAGUUCAAACGCUAUGUGGCCCACAGCACACAUGUUACCAAUGUGCGAUGGACCCAUGACGACAGCCUGUUGGUGACUGUCGGUGGGGGUGACACGUGCCUCAUGAUCUGGGCCCAUGAACCCGAGGGACGCCGGGAAAUCAGACAGUGUGAUAGUGAGGAGUCUGACAUCGAGAGUGAGGAUGAUGGAGGCUACGACAGCGAUGUGACGAGGGAAAAUGAGAUCAACUACACCAUCAAGGCCUUAUCCACCAACAUGCGACCCAUGACAGGCGUUAAACCACACCUGCAGCUGAAGGAGCCGUCUGUGGAUGAAAGACAAGGGGUGGUCAGAGGGUCCAGGCCUCCUGUCAGCAGAGCAUUGCCACAGCCAGAGAAGCUACAGACAAACAAUGUUGGAAAAAAGAAGAGACCCAUUGAGGACCUUGUGUUGGAUCUGGUGUUUGGUUACCGUGGCAAUGACUGCCGCAAUAACGUGCACUACCUGAACGAGGGGGCCGAUAUCAUCUACCACACAGCCUCAGUUGGCAUCGUCCUCAACUUGACGACCUCCUGCCAAAGUUUCUACAUAGAACACAGUGAUGACAUUCUGUGCCUGACAAUCAAUCAACAUCCUAAAUUCCCCAACGUGGUGGCAACUGGCCAAGUAGGUGAUACUGGUGACAUGUCAGCCACUUCUCCAUCUAUCCAUGUGUGGGACGCCAUGACCAAGCAGACACUGUCGGUUCUGCGCUGUUUCCACUCUGGCGGCGUUUGCUCCGUCAGCUUUAGUGCCACAGGAAAACUCCUGCUGUCUGUGGGCCUGGAUGCUGAACACACUGUCACUAUUUGGAAGUGGCAGGAAGGUGCCAAAGUGGCCAGUCGGAUAGGUCACACCCAGAGGAUCUUCGUGGCUGAGUUUCGUCCAGACUCAGACACACACUUUGUGUCGGUGGGCAUCAAGCAUGUGCGUUUCUGGACGUUGGCAGGUCGAGCUUUACUCAGCAAGAAGGGAGUACUGAGUUCAAUAGAGGAUGCACGAAUGCAGACGAUGCUGUCUGUAGCAUUUGGAGCUAAUAACUUGACAUUUACAGGUACCAUAAGUGGGGAUGUGUGUGUGUGGAAGGAACACAUUCUAGUAAGAAUAGUGGCCAAAGCUCAUACGGGCCCCGUGUUCACCAUGUACACGACCCUGAGAGAUGGCCUUAUUGUCACCGGAGGCAAAGAAAGACCAUCAAAAGAGGGAGGUGCUCUGAAGCUCUGGGACCAGGAAUUGAAGCGCUGCAGAGCCUUCAGAUUAGAAACUGGACAGAUCAUAGACUGUGUUCGUUCUGUAUGCAGAGGGAAGGGUAAAAUCCUUGUAGGAACCAGGAAUGCAGAGAUCAUUGAAGUAGGGGAGAAGAAUGCUGCAUGUAACAUCUUGGUGAAUGGACACAUGGAUGGACCCAUCUGGGGACUGGGAACACAUCCUUCCAGAGAUGUGUUUCUAUCUGCUGCAGAGGACGGCACUGUACGUCUGUGGGACAUCGCAGAGAAGAAGAUGCUGAAUAAAGUGAACCUCGGCCACCCGGCACGAACCAUCAGCUACAGUCCUGAAGGAGACAUGGUGGCCAUCGGCAUGAAGAAUGGAGAGUUCAUCAUCCUUCUUGUCGCCUCUCUUAAAAUCUGGGGCAAGAAACGAGACCGGCGCUCCCCUAUCCAGGAUAUCAGAUUCAGCCCUAAUUCGCGUUACUUGGCUGUUGGCUCCACUGAGAGCGCAGUUGAUUUCUACGACCUGACACUUGGCCCGCAGCUGAACCGCAUCAACUGCUGUAGGGACAUCCCCAGUUUUGUCAUGCAGAUGGACUUUUCUGCUGACAGUUCCUACAUCCAGAUAUCCACUGGUGCUUAUAAACGUCUUGUGUACGAGGUGCCGUCUGGGAAACAGGUCACAGAGCAGUCACAGAUCGACAGGAUUACCUGGGCCACGUGGACAAGUGUCCUUGGAGACGAGGUCAUUGGGAUCUGGUCCCGAAACACUGAUAAAGCAGACGUAACCUGUGCAUGUGUGUCCCACUCGGGCCUUAACGUUGUCACAGGUGAUGACUUUGGAAUGGUAAAGCUGUUUGACUUUCCCUGUCCUGAGAAGUUUGCCAAACACAAACGUUUUCUGGGCCACUCUGCUCACUUGACAAAUAUACGCUUCACAAACGGAGAUCGCUUUGUUGUCAGCGCUGGAGGAGAUGACAGAAGCCUCUUUGUUUGGAGGUGUGUCCAUACCCCUCACUAAAAAAAUACAGUGGACCGUCCACCUUUACAGAGUCUGGGCGUCUGCAAGUCGUCAUCGUCAGAAGAAGAAGAAGACAUAUUCCAUUAAAGAAUGAGUCUCAAGGUGGAGGAGGAGGACGGGCCUGGCAGCUUGUAAAUGAGGGAAAGUGGUGAACUGAAUUACUGCCUCAAAACUAGGUGCAUGCAUGUGUGCAAGGCUCAUUUUCAUCACAGCAUCAGUCCUGAUUGUGAGCAAACAGCCCUGCUCUCACAACUUCACAUCACUACUGGAAGAAAAAAAAAUAAAACAGCUCUCUAAUAGAUGUUUAUCAUUUCAGUGAUGGGUUAUUUUUUUAAGAAUGAGAGUAUCUGUGUCCAUGUCCCAAAUGGCAGUUCUGCCACUUGGUAGGCCUAUGAAAUUGUUACUGACAAUGCCAUUUUUUAACCAUGUAGCAAACUGAAUUAGCCUUAAUCCGAGUGUUAUGAGGGUCUACAUUCUUUUUGUAUUAUGUUUGUUUUACUUUUUGGAUCACAUAGUCAUUUGUUUGUGCUAUUUUUACUAUGUUUAUUCCAAAUCCUGUGGCCUUCCUCCUGAAUGUAACAUCCACUGUUAUGUUCUGGAUGUCAGCAUGCCAAAGCAUACUAUGCACUGUACACCUGACCUGGUCACUGUGUUAACCCUGGUGGUUCAUUUAUGGUUUGUUUAUGUGGUUGUGUUAUUGACUGGUUGACCUCAAGCCUUCCUCUGCAGUGUUCCCCUCAUGACAUGUUAAUGUGUGCAUACUUGUUUGAGGACUUUAGGUGGUAAAUGGUGUGCAUGGCUUAACGAAAGACAAUCCGACCCAACCAGAAUCCUCAGAAAACAAAACAACAGCUGUAAGAUUGAUGUUUCAAUGCACUGUUGCGAUUCUUUUCACUUUUCAGUGUGCUGCUAUGAUGUAUUAUUGUCGCAUUUUCAUGACGGGUGUGACGUUUUUUCAACACUUAAGUUCAUGUUUUGUGUAAUGAGGUAUAUUGCUUCAAUGGAAUGUUUUAUCAGAGAGAAAAUAUAACAAGUGCAAAACCCUUUGCUCCUUGUAUUAUGAAUAACUACAAAAAAUGUCGCUGCAUAUUUUGAUUUACAUUACACCAGUGUAAAUAUCAUUUGUAGAUAUUCUUUUUGUAUAUUUUUUGUGAGACAUUUCUUAAAUUCCACUUUAAUAAAAAAGAAGAAACCAUGAACUUGAGUUUUAAAGUUUGAGUGAAAUAUGUUUACUGAGUCAAAAACAGCAAAAAUGACCAAUUAAUAACGCAGAAAAUCAGUGUAAUAAGCUAUGAUUGCUCAAUAUAUCUUAUCAAUAAAUAGAAUAACUUCC